GAGAUAAACGAGGGGUGGUUAUGUCGGUUCUCUCCACGGGGCGAAGACUCGGAUAUGUAUGGUGGCGCACAACAACAUAACAGAUCCUUAAAUUCUUCUUUUCUCCGCCGAAGAUCGAUUCUCUCCAUCUUCUUCCAAUCAAAACCCUAACCAACGUCACUCUCAUACUCUUUCUCAAUCCGUUACUGCCAUGAGCUAUCACAUGCAUAAUAAUGAAGAAACACACAGAGGUUUGAAAAGAAAGCCCCCACAUAUGGAUCGAGGGCAAGAACGGAGACCAUACAAUACGAAUUCUAGACCUUAUGAUAUGAACGCGGUUCCUGAUGGUUGGUUAGACUGCCCACCACAUGGGCAAGAAAUAGGAUGUAUAAUCCCUUCAAAGGUUCCACUUGGUGAUUCCUUCAAUGAUUACAUUUCAAGUCAAAAAUAUACUCCCAAGCAAGCAAUUCAUCAACAAAGAGUCUUAGGUAGAGAACUUGGUUUAGUGAUUGAUCUGACAAAUACUACUCGCUACUAUCGUGUAUCAGAUUGGACAAAAGAAGGGAUUGGUCAUGUCAAGAUAAGAUGCACAGGAAGAGAUGCUGUACCUGAUGAUGAAUCCGUAAAAAAAUUUUGUGAUAAGGUUCUGGAUUUUUGCUCCCAAAGAACAAACACAAAGAAAUAUAUACUUGUACAUUGCACACAUGGGCAUAAUCGUACAGGUUAUAUGAUUGUUCACUUUCUUGUGCGCACGGAAUCUAUUUCUGUUACUGAGGCGAUAAAUAAAUUUGCUUGCGCACGCCACCCAGGAAUUUACAAGCAGGACUACAUUGAUGCCCUGUACAUGUUUUAUCAUGAAAAGAAGCCUGAAGAUCUUGUUUGUCCUCAAACUCCUGAAUGGAAGAGAAUUUCUGAUCCCGAUUUUCGUGGCACAGCUGUUCCAGCUGUGGACAAUUGUGCACACAUUCCUGAACAGGGGACUAUUGUGAGGAAUGAAGUAUUAACAAGUGAUGAUGCUUUGGGAGAUCCAAUUCCUCCAAACCAGCUGCGUUCAAUGCAAGAACUUUGUUAUCAACUGCUCAAGUUGGGCACAGGGGGAAGAGGAUGCUGGCAGUUUCCUGGAUCACACCCUGUUUCUCUGAACAGGGACAAUCUGCAACUCUUAAGACAACGAUAUUACUAUGCCACGUGGAAAGCUGAUGGGACACGAUAUAUGAUGCUGAUUACUUGCGAUGGAUGUUAUCUGAUUGACAGAAAAUUUCUUUUCCAAAGGAUCAAUAUGCGAUUUCCUUGCAGAUAUACUAAUGGGGGUACACCUGAGAGGAAUCACCACUACACAUUACUUGAUGGGGAGAUGAUUAUUGACACAGAUCCACAUACACAUAAGCAAGAGAGAAGAUACCUCAUUUAUGAUUUGAUAGCUAUUAAUCAAGUCUCUUUGACAGAGCUGCCAUUCUAUGAAAGGUGGAAAUUGCUGGAGAAAGAAGUAAUUGAACCUCGUAAUAUGGAACGUGAGGGCCUCUCAAAGAGUAUAAAUCCUUAUUAUAGAUAUGACUUGGAACCAUUUAGUGUGAGGAGGAAGGGUUUUUGGUUACUAUCUACCGUGUCAAAGCUCCUUCAUAAAUUCAUUCCACAACUAUCGCAUUCAUCAGAUGGUCUUGUAUUCCAGGGUUGGGAUGAUCCAUAUGUCCCUCGCACACAUGAAGGUCUUCUGAAGUGGAAAUACCCUGAGAUGAACUCUGUUGAUUUCCUCUGUGAGGUGGGAGCUGGUGAUCGUCCCUUGCUUUUUCUAUUUGAACGAGGAAGGAAGAAGUUAAUGGAAGAGAAUGUUAUUUUUAAAGAUGCAUCGGACAUUUCUUCCUAUUCAGGGAAGAUCAUUGAAUGCUACUGGGAUUCUGCGGAGCAUCAUUGGGUCUGCAUGCGGAUCAGAAUAGACAAAGCCACUCCAAAUGAUAUCAAUACCUAUAGAAAGGUAAUGCGAAGCAUAAAGGAUAACAUCACAGAAGAUGUAUUAUUGAAUGAGAUCAAUCAGAUCAUUCGCCUACCCUUGUAUGCAGACAGAAUACAGAGGGAUAUCAAGGCUCACCAGCAUAUGAUCUCUUUGCGGCGCAAGUGAGUUAUACUAAAAGCUAAGCAUGUCGAACAACGUCGUAUUUUUUUAUUAUUAUUAUUGAAGAGCAAGCAAAGACUCCUGAAUGAAGUGCCAACAAAAAAGCUGUACAUUUUUUUUUUCUCUAGGAGACUGUAUCUGUGCUACGGCACUGUUAGCCUCAUGCAUCACAUAGGAAAGAAGCAUAGGUUGAUUUUGUUUGGCUAACAAGAUUUUGGUCGCUGUUGUAUAUUAGCAAUUUUGCCUAUUAUUUCCUUUAUUUUUAUUCCUUUUUAGUAGUAUUUCUUUUUUAACAGCAGACAGAGUUCACAAGAUCAUAUUGAAAAAGGUCAAUAAAAACGGCUUUGAUAGGGGAUCCAGUAAUUCAAAAUAUUGCAACUUCAUACCAUUUUCUUUUUCAAGGAACUUUUUUGAUACUUGA